AAAGUUUGACCUGCAGUUGCUCUGAGGUUGGUAAUAAAGAGUAGAGGCAGAAAUGAGGGAAAGAGGUAGGGUGCACCUGACAGUGAAUGCAUGGCUUCCACGCUGAAGUAAGGAACUAAGAAAAUGCCAACCCCUCCCUUUCAUCCACGCCGACAGCCGACCUCAGCAGCAGCAGCCUUGGGAGGACUUAGCUGGGACCUGGAUUCCUAACCCUCCUGUGUUUUUUCUCGGACUCCUUGGAAAUUAAGGAAUGCAAUUCUGCCACCAUGAUGGAAGGAUUGAAAAAACGUACAAGAAAGGCCUUUGGAAUACGGAAGAAAGAAAAGGACACUGAUUCUACAGGUUCACCAGAUAGAGAUGGAAUUCAGGGGAAAAAAAAGAUCCAGAAGACGCAGCUUCUCCUCACCUCUUGCUUCUGGCUCAGAGCCCUCUCCUUAACUCUGUCUCAGAAGAAAAGCAAUGGGGCGCCAAAUGGAUUCUAUGCAGAAAUUGAUUGGGAAAGAUAUAACUCACCUGAGCUGGAUGAAGAAGGCUACAGCAUCAGACCUGAAGAACCCGGCUCUACCAAAGGAAAGCACUUUUACUCUUCAAGUGAAUCAGAAGAGGAAGAAGAGUCACACAAGAAAUUUAAUAUCAAGAUUAAACCAUUGCAAUCUAAAGACAUUCUUAAGAAUGCUGCUACCGUAGAUGAACUGAAGGCAUCGAUAGGCAACAUUGCGCUUUCCCCUUCACCGGUGAGGCGCAGCCCGGGUGCAAUUAAAAGGAACUUAUCCAGUGAAGAAGUGGCAAGGCCUAGGCGUUCCACACCAACUCCAGAACUUGUAAGCAAAAAGCCUCCAGACGACACCACAGCUCUUGCUCCCCUCUUUGGCCCACCAUUAGAAUCAGCUUUUGAUGAACAGAAGACAGAAGUUCUUUUAGAUCAGCCUGAGAUAUGGGGUGCAGGCCAACCAAUUAAUCCAAGCUUGGAGUCGCCAAAGUUAACAAGGCCUUUUCCCACUGGAACACCUCCACCUCUGCCUCCAAAAAAUGUACCAGCCACCCCACCCCGAACAGGCUCCCCCUUAACAGUUGGACCAGGAAAUGAGCAAUCAGCCACAGAGGUCAAACUUGAAAAACUACCAUCCAUCAAUGAUUUGGACAGCAUUUUUGGCCCAGUUUUGUCCCCCAAGUCCGUUGCUAUCAAUGCUGAAGAAAAGUGGGUCCAUUUUUCCGACACGUCCCCGGAACAUGUCACUCCAGACUUGACUCCAAGGGAAAAGGUGGUGUCCCCACCAGCUGCAUCAGACAACCCAGCUGACUCCCCAACUCCAGGCCCUCCUGGCCCCCCGGGGCCCCCAGGCCCCCCAGGGCCACCUGGUCCUCCUCGCAAUGUACCAUCGCCGCUCAAUUUAGAAGAAGUCCAGAAGAAAGUGGCUGAGCAGACCUUCAUUAAAGACGAUUACUUAGAAACAAUCUCAUCUCCUAAAGAUUUUGGGUUGGGACAGAGAGCAACUCCACCUCCCCCACCGCCACCCACCUACAGAACUGUGGUUUCGUCCCCUGGACCUGGCUCGGGCAGUGGUACAGGGACCACCAGUGGUGCAUCAUCCCCCGCUCGGCCAGCCACCCCUUUGGUGCCCUGCAGCAGUACCACUCCUCCUCCACCUCCUCCCCGACCUCCGUCUCGGCCAAAGCUGCCUCCGGGAAAGCCUGGAGUCGGAGAUGUGUCCAGACCUUUUAGCCCUCCCAUACAUUCUUCCAGCCCUCCUCCGAUAGCACCCCUAGCCCGGGCUGAAAGCACUUCUUCAAUAUCGUCAACCAAUUCUUUGAGUGCAGCCACCACUCCCACAGUUGAGAAUGAACAGCCUUCCCUCGUUUGGUUUGACAGAGGAAAGUUUUAUUUGACUUUUGAAGGUUCCUCCAGGGGACCCAGCCCCCUAACCAUGGGAGCCCAGGACACCCUCCCUGUUGCAGCAGCCUUCACAGAAACGGUCAAUGCCUACUUCAAAGGAGCAGAUCCAAGCAAAUGCAUCGUUAAGAUAACUGGAGAGAUGGUGCUGUCCUUCCCAGCCGGCAUCACCAGACACUUUGCCAACAACCCAUCCCCAGCGGCUCUGACUUUCCGGGUGGUAAAUUUCAGCAGGUUAGAACACGUCCUGCCAAAUCCCCAACUUCUCUGCUGUGAUAACACACAAAGUGAUGCCAAUAGCAAAGAAUUCUGGGUAAACAUGCCAAACUUGAUGACUCACCUAAAGAAAGUAUCUGAACAAAAACCCCAGGCUACGUAUUAUAAUGUGGACAUGCUCAAAUAUCAGGUGUCAGCCCAGGGCAUUCAGUCCACGCCUCUGAACCUGGCCGUGAACUGGCGGUGUGAGCCGGCAAGCACUGACCUGCGCAUAGAUUACAAGUACAAUACGGAUGCGAUGAGCACCGCCGUGGCCCUCAACAACGUGCAGUUCCUGGUCCCCAUAGACGGGGGAGUAACCAAGCUCCAGGCCGUGCUCCCGCCGGCUGUCUGGAAUGCGGAACAACAAAGAAUAUUGUGGAAGAUUCCUGAUAUCUCUCAGAAAUCGGAAAAUGGAGGGGUGGGUUCUUUAUUAGCAAGAUUUCAGUUAUCUGAAGGCCCAAGUAAACCUUCCCCAUUGGUUGUACAAUUCACCAGUGAAGGAAGCACUCUUUCUGGCUGUGACAUUGAACUUGUAGGAGCAGGGUAUCGAUUUUCACUUAUCAAGAAAAGGUUUGCUGCAGGGAAAUACUUGGCAGAUAACUAAUAAAACCUUAUACAAGGAUUUGGAGAAUCCAUUUAAUGAAGAACUGUUGUAUGAGAAACAGGUUUUAAUUUUGGUUUGGUGCAAACAAACCAGGAUCUGCACUUGGGAUCUAUCAGCUAGGAAGUCAGUGACUUUCAGCAGCGAGUUCCCUCACACAGUACCGUGAUGACCAGUCCUACAGUAUUUACUUCUAGGUGUAAUAUUGUUAAUGGUUUUAAAAUGUAAUUAUUGUAUUUGUAAAUUGUACUCUCAUUCCAGUAAGGCAGUUAGAUACUUGAGUUUUAGCAUUUUACCAUUCCUGACAAGGAUGUAAUUUAAACUGUGGUAUGUAAAUUUAAUAGUAGUACUGUUGACCGGCACAAUGCUUACAGAGGUAGAUUGCAUUUUGUCAAUAUAUAAAAUUUAAAUAUAAUACUGAUAGCUGUCAUAAAGGGGGUGCCACAUAUAAAGAAACUUAUAUGGAAUCAGAAGAAAAAAAUCAAACUUACUUUUCUUCAAUCCUUAGUAUGUUUUACUCUAGUGCUAAAUGAAACUUCUAUCUUCAGAUGUUUAGUGGGUGAAAUUCAGAAACUAUUUCAGAAAAAAAAAUUCUAAGGUUGCAGCAUAUUCAAAGAACAGCAUUAAUUACCACUUUUUAAAAAGCUUUUUUUUCAAACUGCAAAUUUCAUAAAAAUGCAAACUGUGUAAACAGGGCCUCUUAUUUUUAUAACUUGUGUAAAAAGGGAAAGCAAUUCAUAUUUAAAGUUUAAGUAUAUUAAAUUAUAAUCAAGAGUAAAGAAGAUGUUGAAGUCUUAACUACUUACCCCUCUUACUACAGUUGAGUUAACAUAGAGAUCGCUGAAUAGUCAACCAAACUGAACCAAAAUUGCGAUUUUAAGAAUUCAGAACCUUCCAUGGCCGAACUGGCUAGUGGCUUCUGCACAAUUACUCUGAACAGAUGGUCUCUGUCCUCCGGCAUGGGGGUGACAUCUCAUGUCUUCCUCUUCGCCCACAGGGAACAAACACUUUGAGACUAAGAGUCUCAGAAACAAAAUUUUAGUCCCUUAUUUAAAACCAGAAGGAGAAUUUUAAUUGCCAUCAUUUAUAUCAUUUGGAAAGGAAAAAAAAUGUAUGCUUUAUAAUGCAAUUAUAUUCACAUUAUUAUGCAAUAAAUUUCCUUUGGAUUCAUUAUAUAAAACUGUACAACUUUGCCAUUUCUGGAGAAUCAAGAGGACAGUUGUCAGAAGUUUAUGUCAUUUCAUUGUUUCAGGAUAUACUAAAAACUAAUUAGCUUGCCUCCACAGUAUAGGAAUUCAGAGAGAGCCUGUAAAAUGUUCUCCCAGUAAGAUCUGAAAACACUGGUCUUCCUUUACAUCACAGCAGUUAUUUUGAACAUAUCCCAAUUCCUAUUCUAGAUUAUGCUCUUCAGUAACUAUAAUUAUCAAGUUGUAAUAUUUAUCAUUAGUUGUUACAUUUCAUUUUAUAUCUAUUCAAAUUUGACAAAGGAUCUUUAGCCCCUUUAAAUUUUAGAAUCUGAAUUUUUUUAAGUCUUACUUUUAAAAUGAGAUGACUGGCAAUUGUUUAUAGUAGAACUUUUUAAAUAAAUAUUUGUACUCCUCAAUCAGUGCUUACUACCAUAAGAAUGUUCAAAAUGAUCUGUUUUGGUCUGGAAGCAUAUUAGUAUUGAAAAAAGCUCUUAAUUGGCUCCCCAAAGCAGUCUAUUGUUGAAACUUUUUUUGGACAAACUAAUUAGCAUACUCAUUUUAAAUAAAGGUACUCAAAUUUGAAAUCAAAAUAGAAAAUGGAAAAUAUUAAGUCCCAUGAGACCUGGGGAAAUUUAGAACACCAAAACCAGUGGAAAAAAAACAUCAGAAAAUUGAGGGUUAUCCAGCAUAUAAAUACAAAAAUGUGUUUUUAAGUAAUCAAGUCAUGAAAAAGCAUAUUGAGUAUUAACACAAAGCAUAUUAAAAAUGUGUGAAUGUUACUGGUUCUCAUGUCUUUUUCUUAUGUAUGAUUUUGCUUUAUAUAUAUUAUAUAUAUAUUAUCUAGAAUGAAUUAGUAAUUAAAUACAAAGGUUUUUUCCCCAAAGAAUAAUUUUUUUGAUAUUGUAAAAAUGUAACUAAAAACAUAGAUUAUAAUAAUCUUAGCCAUUAUUCAAAUGUUUCCAUGGACUACAUUUGACACUAUUAAGAAAUCCCACAGUCCUUAAUUGAUCUUUAUGAAACAGAAUGGGAGAACCUCAAUGAAAAAUGUAAUCUUUCUCAUUUCAGAAAACAGGUCAAACAAUAACACAAUUAAUUCAUAUCGGGGAUUUAGACUUUGUCAAUUUAUUUUGUUUUUUAAUCUUGUAGAUGAUACUCCUCUGUUAUACCUAUAUCUACAGUACUGUAGAAUAAGAAUUUAUGUUUUGAAAAAUGAUCCUAGACAAUGCAAGAAUCUUGGAUAUCAAGAUAUAUGAAAGUCAGGUAUGCCAUAGGUUCCUAAAUUAGAACAAAGUGGGCUAGGGAGUAUUAAGACAAUUCUUCAGUACCAGGGUUAAAAUAAAAAGAAAGGAUUCUAGUUUACCAGAACACUAUUUUCUGAAUAUUAUGAUUAAAAAUGUUCCUGCUGUAGCAAGACAGAAAGUAUGAAUGAUACUGCUUUAUUUUGACAACAUGGAAAAUGUGUUUUUCUUUUCAAAUAAACUCCACAUUUUCAUGAAACUUUUUUAAAAGUAAUUUUUAUUAAGUAGUCUGCUUUUAUCAUAAUUAGAAUUAUAAUUACUAAUAAUUAAAUUUCAAUUAAUUUGAAAACCAAAUCUUCUCUGCAUCCAUAGCCAAAAUGAAAAUUUCCUGUAUGGUAUUUGGGACUAUAUUUCACCUAUUAAAAAAUACUUAUAUUUUAAACGGUUUUGAGUAAUUGGGAAUCCCUCAGCAAGUCAGAUUGCAGAUGUUAUUUUCUGGUUUUGUAUGUUUUUACUCAGUCUCAAUAUGCAAUAUUGGAGCCAUGACUACACAUAUUUCCAUUUCUAAAUCCUUUUUUCAAAGAAGCAGAUAACUACAUUAGUGCUACCACUAAUUGCUGUUGUGAGACCCUGGACAAGUCACCAACCCUUUUCAGUUUUGCAUCUUUAGAAUAAGGGGUUGGGAUUGCCAGUGAUUUUCAAGCUUUUCUUAGCAAAAUUUUUUUUCUAAUACAUUGCAUAUGGAAUCCCAUUAUGCAAAGCAACUCAAAGCAAUGAAGGGGUAGUUUUUCCAGAAAUUUAAAUCUGGGCUCCCAGAACACUGUUUAUAUCAGGCUACUUUAAAAAAGUUCAUGGAAAAUAAAAUUAAAAGGCAAAUUUAUUUUGGUGCAAAAAUUUUUGAAAUCCAUGCAUAUGAGAGGCCUUCAAAAAUUUGUGGAAAAUGUGUUGUGAAAAAGCUAUACGUGGAGUUCAAAAAGCUCCUUCUCCAUAAGUGAUCUAUAAAGUCUCUGAAAUGCCAUAAUUCUACUUUCCUCAAACCCAUUUUGAAGUUUUAAGUGGAAACUUACACAGUCACAGUACUUGAUGAUUGAUACAUAAUAAAAAUUGGUAUACAAGAGAUUUUUGAAGUGGUCAUAGAAAAUAUACAUUUUCUUUUAAUUCCGUAUAAUGCCAUUUAAAAAAAUGUAACCUCAUAUACUUGAGUGCUUACCAUGUACUAGUCACAAUAGUUGCUAGCUCACUAAAUCCUCGUGUCCAUCCCCAAAUCGUAGCUACUCUUUAUUUCCUGUUUUACAAAUAAUGACAUUGAGGUUUAGGCAGAAUUACUCAGCCAAACUACAGCUGAAAGUGAGUAACCCAGUUAGUUUAACUGAAGAGUUAUUUUAACUUAGAUCUGUUUUCUUCGUCUAUUCUGAGAAAAAAUCUUCUGUUUCAUUUUACUUCAUUUCAGUCCCAAAGUAUAAGGCACUAUGAAAAAAAAGUAUUAGAAUAAGGACCAUUCUGAUAACAAAGCUGUUGGAAAAAAUCAGUAUUUCUCCACUAUAAGUGGACUACUUAUAUCAUUAUUCAUUAAAAGAGAGCAAUGAUUUUUUUUUUAAUUUUUUGCCAGGCAGAGUCAGACAGUGAGAGAGAGAGAGAGAGAGUUAUAGACAGUGAGAGAGAGAGACAGAGAGAAAGGUCUUCCUUCCUUCCUUCCCUCAAUGGCCACUAUGGCCGGCACUGCGCUGAUCCAAAGCCAGGAGCCAGGUGCUUCCUCCUGGUCUCCCAUGCGGAUGCAGGGCCCAAGCACUUGGGCCAUCCUCCACUGCACUCCCAGGCCACAGCAGAGAGCUGGACUGGAAGAGGAGCCGCCGAGACUAGUACCCAGCGCCCCAACUGGAACUAGAACCCGGGGUGCCAGCACCGCAGGCGGAGGAUUAGCCAAGUGAGCCGCGGCACCGGCUGGCAAUGAUUUUGAUAAGUAAAAACGACUGUAUCCCCAAAGCCAAGAAUAUAGUUGGCAACAUUAAGUUCAUUUUAAAUGAUUAAAUCUGUAGGAGUGGGACAAGGCAUAUGUAUUUUGAUAAGCACUCAAAAUUUGAAAAUCACUGCCUAGUAUGAUCUCUGGGGCCCUUUUUAGCUCUGACAUUACAUUCAAUUUUAAGCAUUAAAGUCUAAGUUGAAUACCAUGUUUCUAGUUAGUUUAUUUUUCAUUUAAUACACUUAACUUCUUUGUAUCUUAAAGGGGGGAGGAGAAGUUUUCUAAGAAAAAUCUUUGUCUUUUCUUUAGAAUUCUUUAAUUAUGCUCAGUGUGAAUAUAGCUUGAAGUGCACUCUCUCAUUUUCAGGUUUCUGUCCUUUUCUGCAUUGGCUGAACAGAUUGGAAGUGGUAGGUAGGUCGGAAGCUAUCACGCAUUGCAAAUCAAAGUCCUAAUAAAGGUCUCCUUCCUGGUGAGAGACACUCAGACUAAAUCGUGACUCAACUAUGUUUGCAGGCUACUGACUUUAGAAGCAUGAGUUAGUCUCAUUCCAGAUGAGUUGCACUAAUCUUUUUUUUUUCAUUUUUUCAAAAUAAUCCUGGGCUAUUCGUUGAAGUUGAAUGAUUCCAUGAAACAAGCAGCUAUCCACUGAAGAGAUGAGUACAUACUUACGUGUCUGUGUUUAAAUUUUCUCUUUCCCAAAAGAUUAUGCAUUUUGAACCAAGUCCCAUUCAAUCUAAAUCUAUUGGCUUUGCCACAUGGCUGUCUCAUCGCAUUUUUUUAAAUGGCAACAUGAUUUUUAAAAGUUACUAUGAGGAUGAUAAAAAGUUAAGACAAGCAGAUAUGAUAUUUCCAUGAGACUAGUCUAAUUAAGUUAUUGAUGUGAAUGAACAAAUCAAUCCAAGGUAACAUUGAUUUAAAAAAUUGUUCUGAUGACCCCCUUCACCAUCCGUUUACUGUAUCCAUUUCUCUUCAGACUUUAUGUUCUCUGCUCCUACAGGUUUUUUUUUUUAAUUUGCAAAGCAGUAUCUAAAUGCCCUUCUCUCACUUAUGACUUAUGAACUAAAUAUGGCUGCUAUUGACUUUUUUUUUUUUUUUGGCCCAUAGAAUGUUUAGAGGGAAAAUGACAUAGACUGUAAUUGCUUAAGUCUUCAAAUGUUAACAAACAUUACAAACAGAAAAAAAAAAAUCUGCCUUUCUCUUGUGGCAUUGCUUUGAUGUUCUGUCAUCUUCUGGAGGCCAGAGUUAAAUUUUAAUAUCUAAUUGAGCUCUAAGUAUCUAUCAUAAAGAAAUGUCAGAUUUCAGGGUCUAUCAUAUGGACGUGGUAAAAUCUCUUAAUUGCCUUCAUGUUUAAUAUCUCAUUUCUAUCCCAAAUGGGUAUUCCUCUGACAAAAAAUCAUCCUGUGUUGACAUUCAUCAUAGAUACAAUAAUUUAUUCUCUAGGUUGAAUUUCUCACUUUAUUUUUUCUUUGAUUUGUAGUAUUUCUGAUUGCCUCCUUCUAUCCCUAGAGUAGAUCAUUAUCUGUCCUGAUUACAUUUUAAUCUUGUGAGAAAAGAUGUUUAAACAAAAAACAAAUAUGUUUUUAAACGUCCCUUAAAGUUUAAAAGAAAAGAAAUAUAUUUGAACCAUUAUUACAAUAGUUCCCAAAUGGCUCUCUACCAUAAUUCUCACUCUUUGGACACUGAUAAUAAAUGCUUGUGUUUUACUGAAACUUAAUCAGGAAAAGAGGGUUUUUUUUUUUCUUUCUAAGCACAUCUUAAAACAACUUUAAAAUUUUUUUGUUUGAGGGCUAUCUUAUUUGUCUUUCAAGAACUGUAAAUAAUAUAAUGAGGAUGCUUUGAAAAGAUGUUUCUAGAAUUUUGUUUGAAUCUUAAGGGAAUUCUUAUAAUUUCAAAUGAAUUAUCUAUCUUAAAUUUCACUAGUGUCUCUUAAUGAAUUUAACCUUAUCAUCUAAAAUACUUAAAGUAGUGAAAUUAUUUCAAUCUCUUAAGUAUUGUCUUUAAGGCCUGCACCUAUGCCGUCAAACCCUUAUUUGUUGGAGAUGUUCCAAAGUUGUUAUAGUGAGGGCUUAAUGAUCGUGAACAAUCUUCAGAAUACUUUAUUGGGUAACUUGAAGAAAUUGGAUUAUGAGAGAUCAAUAGUGACAGUAUUUUUACAUAAGCAUCUUAGAAAGUACAUAAAAAAAGUUACAGCGACGAGCCAUGCACUAUUCAGCACAGAUUCUGCAGCCCCCUACAUUGUUUUAAUGAGCAUUUCAGUUUUUUGAUUCCUGUUUUUUGCUUUGCUUUAUUUCACAAAUCAGUUGUUUUACACAAAACUAACAUUGUUCCUUUAAGAAACUCCUAAAUUUUCCAUUAUCAUAUAGAAAAGAGUAGCACUUUACCUUUCUCUAACCUUAGUACAAUUUUUGAUCUAUUCAGUGCUUUUGAAUCAGCCUGAUAUAUCAUAAGCCAUCUAUUAUUUUAAAUGCUCCAUGAGUGAGUGUCUCAGGCAAAUGUUACUUCCAUGUUACUCAUUCAGUUUUAUAUUACUUUAGUGACCAUUUUUUCCUAGUAAAGCAAAUAAUGUUAUUCAUGCAUCAUCAUUUCAAACUAUUUUAAAUAAUACACCAAACGACUAGCGCAGGGAUCACUGCCCCAAAUCCAAAGCCAGAUUUUUUUUUAUUUUCAUUACAAAUUGCUAGGAUGAUAAUUUUUUAUAGCUGUGUUGAUUUUGCAGGUCAGUAUUGAAUUCUUGCUUUGGCAAGUGGAUAUGCAUCAAAAAGAUUGACUCCUGCAUGAUUCAUUCUCUCUCUCUCUCUCUAAGGGAACAGUAAAACUGCUGCUGAGUAGCUAUUCUUGGAAAAUCCAAGUGUUCGUAGGGUGAUACACUAACCUUAUCUGUGAGCAGGAUUUCACAACAGGCCAAGCAGUAAUUUACAGACCUGGAGUUUUAAGCUGCUUCAACACUACUGUUUCGCAAUAUAAAAGCACUGUUGUGUGUUGCUCUAUAGGAAAAGAUUCAUAUGCAUAAAAUGGUUGAAUUUUAUUUUCAUUCUGAAAAGGCAAUGUGAAACAUUAAUUUUCAACUUGUAUUUUAACAAUAGGAGAAACUACAGAAGGAAUCUCAGAGAAAUUUUACUGUGUCUCUAAAGGCGAUGAAAUUCAGAGAAAAUAUCCUGUGUCCUUUAUUUUGAUUUUGUGGUAGCCUUUGUUUAGAUUUCCCUAUGACCUAUAUAGUGAAAAUAGAUGGAAUUUUCUUAAGAUCUUGUGCUGAGUAUUGAAUUUCACAACAUAUCUAUUUAUAAAAAGGAUUGUGAAUUAAAAUACUCAAGGUACUUUUUAAAUUUAGUCAAAAAGUUGGUGCCUGGGCUUUGUUCGCUCCACAUCCAAUCGCAGAGUGAAGUUGAUUGUGAUUGGGCGACUGCUUAGUCUGUCAUGGAAGCGUGGCUGCCUGUAUGCCCUGCUAAGGAGAAAACCAGCACAGGAGGCUAAGGCUGUUCCUCCCAGCCACGCGGCAAAGCUGUCAACAAAGAUGUCAAUGUGCGGGAUUGACUUACUGAAGAUCAUCAUGAGACCACCUUAACGUCACAUGCCUUAUAAGUUAGACAAAACGUGGAUAUCACUGUUUUGUAAAUAAGGAUUUUUAUAAAUGUUUUUCCUUUGUAAGUGUCCCAAUCACCCAUUUCACAAAAUCCUGAAUAUGCAAUUGUUGAUCAUGAUGCAUUACUGCAAAUAGGGUUCCCAUUUCAAAAGAAGUUGAAUUCUAUAUGUAAGUUGUUAUUGAAAUGUGAUUUUUUUUUCUGGAAAAUAAAUGAGAACUAUAAAAGCAAA